CAUGCGAAAUGAUGACAGUACUGCUGACUUUGGGGCGAACCGUUUGCUGCUUUUGCCGGAGAUCAAGAACAUGACUGUGUUGACUGUGGAACGUCAACCAUGGGCUGGUCGGAACCAGUAUGGCAUUCCCUACCCUUCUUAUUUUCACCCAAGAAAUCGGUCCGAAUUAACAUCAUGGCAAGAGUUGGUUCGGAAGUCAACUCGGACUCACUUGUUUUCCUUUGUUGGCGGAUCAAGACCAGCUGCAAAUCAAAUGGCAGCUGUUCGUGGAGAGAUCUUGAAACAAUGUAAUGCUUCGGCUCAAUGCUUGCAGGUUGAGUGUGAAGCUGGCACUAGCCGGUGUUAUGAACCCGACCGAGUUCUUAACGUGAUGAUGCGAGCUGAGUUUUGCUUGCAGCCGCCUGGGGAUUCAUUCACUCGGAGAUCAGUGUUUGACUCAAUAUUGGCCGGGUGUGUGCCUGUUUUUUUCUCGGAGCACACGGCUUACACACAAUACAAAUGGUACAUGCCAAACCGAACACAGGAUUGGUCUGUUUUCUUAGGAUCAGACCAGUGGAUCCGGAUUGAAGAAGAGUUGGGAAAGAUACAAAAGAUUCAGAUUCAACAAAUGCGGAUUCAGAUCAUAGAUUUGAUACCUAGCAUGACAUAUGCGCACCCGGAUGUUGUUCAUGGGGAUGAGAUUGGGUUCAGGGAUGCGGUUGAUGUUGCUUUGGUUGAGUUGAACAGGUUGGUUUGGUCCGGUCGAAAACCGGUUUAAAUUGGGUGGGUGGAUUAGUAAGUGGGAAUUGGGACCAUAUAUGAAGGAGUGGCUUUAAAUGAUGUUGUUAUAGUACUUUCUUGUGAUUUCUUG